CGGGAAGAGCCGGUUGAUUGGCGGGCGGCUUUGAAGCGGGCGCGAGGCCGCCUCUUCGCUUCGGCAGCUGCGCCUUCCCCUCCCCCACCCCAUUCCACCGCCCACCCCGCAGAGAGAGAGAGAGAGGCGGGGGGCUCUUUUUUUGGGUGGUGGUCUUACCCCCUCUGUCAGUGAGGGGGCAGCGGGGGCGCCUUACAAAUCAGCCCCCUUUGCUCAGAAGGGUGGCUGGGUGGGUGGGUCACCUCUCUUCCUUUAUUAUUCUCUUUUUUGGGGGGGGGCGUUCCAGUUUCUUCCUCACUUCAAAGACCAAACCUCCCCCCUUUUUUAAAUUGUGGGUAAUUUCCUAAGUGUGUGGGCCACACACCCUACUUGUGUUUUGAGGCUGGGGGUCCUUUCCUCUCUUCCUCCCCUUUUUUCUUUCUGGGGGGCAAAUUAUUCCCUUGAAACUUAUUAUUCCCUUGAAAGGGGCGGCAUCUUUUCUUCUGAGGUGUAUUCCCGCCCUACCCCGUUUUUCUAUAUUCCUUUUUUUGCGUGGGUUAGGGGUCUUUUGUACCUCCUUCCUUUUCUUCAGGGGACAGUUCUUUGGCAUCCUUUGAGACCUUAAGAGUUGCAUUCAACAGUUUUGAGGAGGACCUCUCCCCUCUUUUCUUCUAUUGGGGAUAAUGAUAUAUAUUAUAUAUCUGCCAGGUUGUUGUUUUUUUUGGCGUCGGUGUCAUCCACUCCUUCCUUGGUGUCCUCCCUCCUCUUACUCAAAUUCUCACCCCCCCUCCAUCUCCUAGACAUUGAUGGGCAGCACCUUCUCAUUUGAGGCUGUGUUUUUAUUUUGAAAAUUUCUUUCCCUCUGUAUGUGUCCCCCUCCCCUACUUUCUGAGACUUCUCAAAAUACAGCAUCCUGUGGGCAAGUCUCUACUAUUCUGGAUACCUCUAUAUUAUAUAUUUCCCAAAGCUGGGCUAGUUCAUAUCGCCCCUUCACCCACACGCAUACACAUUUCUUUAUGGGAAAUGGCAUCUUUCCCAGUAUCUGCUGGAUAUCUCCUCCACUCCGCUUCCUAGGACAGACCUUACACAGAACCAUUGCUCUCUGCUUGGAGCAAAACUGCAAUGUGAAAACUCCCUGUUCCAUAGCCUCUACCACAAGCCAGAGGAACAGGCCUUCCGCCCUUGGGAGACUAGAUUUGGUCCUGCUCAUUCGCUAGGCUCCCCUUCUCCCUUGUUAGUUGGUCAACAUGAAUUUCUCCGAGGUAUUUAAACUCUCCAGUCAGUUGUGCAGGUUCUCUCCGGAUGGAAAAUGCUUGGCCUCCGGUGUCCAGUAUCGUUUGGUGGUUCGUGAUGUAAACACUCUCCAAAUUCUGCAGCUCUUCACCUGCCUAGACCAAAUCCAGCACAUUGAGUGGUCUUCAGAUUCUCUUUUUAUAUUAUGUGCAAUGUACAAGCGUGGAAUUGUGCAGGUCUGGUCCUUGGAGCAGCCUGAUUGGCACUGCAAGAUCGAUGAAGGCUCAGCGGGACUCGUGGCUUCUUGCUGGAGUCCGGAUGGCCGUCACAUUCUCAAUACUACAGAGUUCCACCUGCGGAUAACUGUCUGGUCCUUGGAGCAGCCUGAUUGGCACUGCAAGAUCGAUGAAGGCUCAGCGGGACUCGUGGCUUCUUGCUGGAGUCCGGAUGGCCGUCACAUUCUCAAUACUACAGAGUUCCACCUGCGGAUAACUGUCUGGUCCUUGUGUACAAAAUCUGUGUCUUAUAUCAAGUAUCCCAAGGCCUGUCAGCAGGGAAUAGCAUUCACAAAGGAUGGCCGGUACAUGGCCUUGGCGGAGAGGAGGGACUGCAAAGACUACAUCAGCCUCUUUGUAUGCAGUGAUUGGCAGCUUCUGAGGCAUUUUGACACUGAAACACAGGACCUGGCUGGGACAGAAUGGGCGCCGAACGGCUGCGUGUUGGCGGUGUGGGACAGCUGCCUGGAGUAUAAAGUUUUGCUGUACUCCCUCGACGGGCGUCUGCUGUCUACAUACUGUGCUUAUGAAUGGUCACUAGGCAUUAAAUCUAUUGCCUGGAGCCCCAGCAGCCAGUUCUUGGCAAUCGGCAGCUAUGAUGAAAAGGUGCGCAUUCUGAACCAUGUGACUUGGAAGAAAAUUACAGAAUUUGAGCAUCCUGUAAACAUUGCUAGCCCAAAGAUAAUUGUCUAUAAGGAGGUGGAGAAAUCACCAGCAGUGGAAGUGGAGAAACUUACCUUCCCCCCUACCAAGAAAAUGGCAAGCUCUCUCUUCAGCACAAAGAGCAAAUAUGAAAUUGCCCAGGUCCCAGUUUCUUUGCAUCAUGUCAAACCUGCGGUGGACCGGGCAAAUCCUAGAAUUGGAGUCGGAAUGUUAGCUUUUAGCUCAGAUAACUGCUUUCUGGCGACCAGAAAUGAUAAUAUUCCUAACGCUAUUUGGAUCUGGGAUGUCCAAAAGAUGAAGCUGUUUGUGAUCCUGGAGCAGCUGUGCCCCAUCCAGCUUUUCCAGUGGGAUCCCCGUCAGUCCCGGCUUGCCAUUUGUACUGGGAACAGCAGAGUGUACCUCUGGUCCCCAGCAGGAUGCGUGUCUGUACAGGUACCAGUGGAAGGUGACUUCCAGGUAACUUCUCUGUGCUGGCACUCCAGUGGGGACUCUCUGGCUCUCCUGAGUAAGGACAAUUUUUGUAUGUGUUACUUAGAAAAAGAAGAGGAAGAUGUGAAAUAGCUACACCCAAAGCUAAGCUGGGUUAAAACAGAAGCCUGGUUUUGUGUACUGGUUCUCCAGCAUUGCAAGUGGAGGGGGAGGGUGGAGAGAAACUGCUGCUGGCUUAGUCUGUAUAUAGAUGUGUGGAAGCUUGUAUUUGCCCUUGAUGCACUUUAAACAGUUGAGCAGUAUAAAAUGUUAUGAAAUAGUGAGGAAACAGGUGUUUUAGCUUUAAACUUCUAGAUCCAUUUACAACAUAAUGUAUAUCUUAGUGUGUAAACUACUUAGUUUAUUUUGAAAAUAAAAUAAAACAUUUUUGUUACAUAAUGCAUUAUUAAAACAUGGCUACAAGGCUGCCAUUUUUUUCAUUCUU